AUGCCCGGACUGUGGAUGUGGCGUUGGACUUCUUUGGCUCUUCUGGCUCUGCUCAAUCUUAAGUUUGUGUUUGUCAAAGCGGAGAUAACUUCAGCGUCUGCGAAUAGGUUGUUUCUCCAUGAGGUGAAGCAAAAGGACGCGGGCGUGCUGGUGUCUCUGUGGGGAGAUGCUAAAGUUUUCAGCGCGUCUGGAGCUGGUUUUGUGAAGGCUGGAAACACUGAGGAGUGGAUGGGGGGCAGCGAGGAAAGUGGCCCUGCUGAAGUCGCACCAGAGGACGCGCUGAUGAACAGUGGAAAGUACGAUGACGGCUCAGUGGAAGUUCUUUCGCAACCUCUGGAGCCGCGGAGGGCGCGCAGCGUGGAGGCUCUGCGCUUGGACGCGGUGGAGAGGAGUACAAGUGCAGAGGUGCAGUCCAGGGAGAGCUUUGGGGAGCCGGCGCAGGGCGGUUUAACUCCGAGAGCGGAGCAGAGGCGCUCGGGGGAACCACUCUUGGACACCUCCACCUUCGCUCUGGCGGGAGACUCCGCUCACAACCAGGCGAUGGUGCACUGGUCCGGGCACAACAGCAGCGUUGACAGAGUGUUCUCUUCAUUAUGA